CAAAUCCAAGUGACCCCCAGGCAAAAGACAUUCCCCCGGGGAUCUGUUGGAUUGAUGGCACACAGAACAAAGGACCUGGAGUGGUCGUAGAACCUGGCGCUUGUCGUACUGCGUCACCAUCUCGGCAAACCGUGGCCCAAGUCAUCGACAGGGCGUGGGCUUCUCGUCCCUCGAAACCUCGUCAAAUUUUCCAUUUUCUUGAUCCAAACAUCUCUUUCCGUCAGUCGACCCUGCGAUCUGAGGCGUGGGAUGACAAUAUUCGACCAUUCUACAGAAUUCAACGCUUCCACGUCGUGACGGUGUGAAAAUGAUCAACCAGGUGUUGAGCAACUUCGAGGUCACGGCGGUCGUGCUGACGAUCCUCAGGCAUGCCUUGAUCGGCGGCCUGAUCUUCAUCAUCGUACUAUCUGGCAACGUUUACCUGUCCCGUAGGGAGCUCAGGCAUCUACGACGCCUAGGAGUGCCGCCUAGGGAGAAGAGCAACCUCGCGGACCAAUUCGACGCGAGAUACGAAAAGGAAGAAGGCGCACCGCAGAACGAACCGAUCGUCGUGAAGGCACUCCACGUCUAUCCCGUCAAGUCGUGCGCACCCAUCGAACUGGAGCGCGCCCUGCUCACCAAGACCGGCUUUGCGUACGACAGGUGCUUCGCCCUCGCCGUGGAGGCCACUCAAGGGGGCGAGUGGCAAUUCAUCAGCCAGCGCACGAAGCCACGAAUGUCCCUCGUCAGGCAAGAACUGUGGCUCCCCGACGACCGGAGCAGCAAAGACGACCAGCUGGUGCAGGCGGGCGGCUGUCUCGUCGUGAGCUUUCCUGACCCCGACGCUCCCGGCAGUACGAUCGGGCGCGUGAAGGCCGUGAUCGAGGCGCGGUCAUUGUCCGCAACCCCACACGUCCGCUUCAUUGUCCCAUUGCAUCCAUCGAACGGUCCACCGGCCGGUCGUCAACCAGGUCCACCGUUGAAGUCGUUCACGAUCCACAGUCGCCAGGCGUCAGGUCUCGAUUUCGGACAACUGCCGACGGUGGUUGCGGCACUCCCCAAGCUCAAGAGAUUCCUCAAGAUCCCGGAACGUCAGAGGUUCACCAUCAUGAGGUGUACGCCAGACACCUUGGUCCGUACUACCAGGAAUCUCGCACCCCUGGACUACAUCGGCACGCCCGCGGUCCACGGGUACACGGAUCAACAGCCUGUGCACAUCGUCAAUCUGCCUUCGGUGCAUGCCACUUCCAAGCUGCUACCACGAGAGAACCAGCCUCUCAAUGCGCUACGAUUCCGCGCAAACAUCUACUGCGCAGGCGCCCCUGCAUUCUCGGAGGAAACGUGGAAGCGGUACAGGAUCAUACCCAAACCCGUAGCGUCAAGACGUAGAGCGCAGGUUGCUCCUUUGUUCUCCGUGGUCUGCCGUACGUCCAGGUGCACGAUGCCCAACGUCAUCCCCGAAAAGGGCGUCUUCGAGGAAGAUACCCCUCGUCCAGACAAGAAGAAAGGGAAACCUCAGCCGAGCACGACGUUGGUGAGCCAUCGGACCGUGGAGAAUGGCAACGCGGCGGCACUUGGGUACCUAGGCAUGCAUUGCGUGCCGGAAGACUCAACGUUGAAAGAGGCUGUUGAGCGGGGUGGUGCCGGGUUGUACAUAGAAGUCGGUGACGAGAUUGACAUUCUCGAGACAGGAACUCACCUCUACGGCUCGACAGGCGAUGAUUAUUGAGGAUGUUGGGAGAAUUUGCAAAUCUUGCCUCUCGUCGAGUUUAACCCCGGCUGACGUCCCACAACCCCCAAAGACUCCUGUUGUGAGAUAGAUGAUCGGCACGUUUGUCUGACCGUAGAUAUGCCGCAUUUAGGGCUUUUUGUCUCCGUGGGGCUGUUCAGGUGCAGCACCGGCUCUGAAUCAGCAGCAUUGAGAUGUAUGGUGAUUGGUGAAAUCGCAUGGUCGUAGCCAGUGACGGCAAAGC